UCAUGUGAGUGAGGUCAGCGUCUCUGCCACAAGUGGACAAAGGACGGGAAGUUUGAUGUUCCUACUGUUCUGUGCACUGCUCUGAAACAGACUCCAUUCCUGCAGUUCAGAAGGUUCCGCUGUGCUCAGCCAAGCUCGCCUGCCAUGCCUGGGCAGCUCUCUGCCAUGGCCAUGCUCUUCCUGUCCCUGGAUGUAAUUUUACAUGGCCAUCAAAUAAGAGAAAAAGACCUUCUAAAAAUCAGAGGCUAUCUUCAAUAUACUUCAACAGCAACAGGACAAACCACAGCAAAACCUCUCCUACAGCUGACUAAUGAAACACAUCAUGUAACAUUAGUAGCAAGAUCAAGGGAUGAUCACAUUCAAUUAGCUGCUCAAACCUCCACCUCUGAAAAUACAGCUCACACAACAAUCAAAACACUAAUUCCAAUAACUACAAAAGGUCUUAUACCCAGCAGCCCAGUUAACUACACCUUAGUCAGACCAAGUAACUCAAAUGUGAUUGCUUCAUCUACUGAAGGUACAAUUGGCCCUAGUUCAAUUGCACAUUUACCAAUUCAUACAACUGGACCUAGUAUAUCUACUGUCAACCAUAUAACUGGGAGAACUACACAGCUUGGUGGUCAGACUACCCUCCCCCAAACAUUUUUCACAGCUUCACACAAAAGCACAACCAAUGAGAAGCCAACUCCACUCACCUAUGUCUCAGAAAUAUCAGUACCUACACACAAGGACAGCUCACCAAUCCCCACUGCCCCCGUGGUUCCUGGGCCCACUCUUGCAACCCAGUUGUCACCAGCUAAAACUGGAACAUAUGAAGUCCUAAAUGGAAGCAGGCUCUGUAUAAAAGCAGAGAUGGGACUAGCACUGAUUGUUCAAGAAAAGGAUUCGGAUUUUGCAACUCAGAGACACUUCAACAUUGACCCUAGUCUAACCCACGCAUCUGGGAAAUGUGGCUCCCAAAAGUCCAACCUUUUCUUGGAUUUCCAAGGUGGAUCAGUGAAUGUCACAUUUAUUAAGGAAGAAACCUCAUAUUAUGUCAGUGAAGUAGGAGCCUAUUUGACUAUCUCAAAUACAGAGAAGACUUACCAGGGCAUGAAACAUACUAUGAUGCUGUUUGAGACAGUAGUUGGGCAUUCCUUCAAGUGUGUGAGUGAGCAGAGCAUCCAACUGUCAGCUAAGCUUCAAAUGAAAACAAUGAACAUCCGUCUCCAAGCCUUUGAUUUUGAAGGAGACGACUUUGGAAAUGUGGAUGAGUGUUUGUCUGACUACACAGUUGUGCUUCCUGUGGUCGGGGCCAUCGUGAUCGUCCUCUGUGUUGUGGGUCUGGCUUUCUACAAAAUCCGACAAAGGCAUCAGUCAAUGGGAUACCAGAGAAUCUAAUUUAUAACCAAAGGAAAUGGGAAUAGUGAAGCUUAGAAAAAAUUCUAUUAUGUCCAGCAUUUUGGAGGCUUCUCUUAUUUGCUACCAUCUACUAAAAUCAAUGAGUGAUUAAUGAGUAAAAAUUGAAGCAAUAUAUCAAUUAUGAAUAUUUUUGUUCAUCCCAUGAAAGAUUAAGAAAAAUAUUUAAAAGUAUUUUCUAGGUUUUGUAGGAAAAUUUUAGCAAUUCAAAUGAAUAUUUGAGAUACAUUGAAUUAACAUAAUGUACAAGUGGCAGGUGUUUAGAAAUUAUAAACCAAAAUAAUUGAUUUUAAUUAGUCCUACCCGUGUUUGCCUAGAGAAAUCCAUUUUAGCAUUAAUAUUUUCAUUGAAAAAUAUUUUACUGGGUUUUCUUACCCUCUGUAUUGAUUUGAUGAAUGUGUGUCUGACUUGAUACUUACCUCCCUUUCCAUUUAAAUGUUUUUAGUUAUCAAAAAUAACAACAUAUCCCAUAUUGCUUAGUUUUUUUUACAUGAAAGCAACUUAUUUUUUCUUCAUGAUUCUUGCUUCAGAAUUAAUAGAGAAUAAGAAUUAGCUGUCUGUAGACAUAAAAAUAAUAAAGCAUCAGUCAUUCCAGCCCUUAGUUAAACAAUACACGUGUUACCAUAAGAAAUUUUCUUUAAUCUUCAUAAUUUAUAGAAAAUAAAAUC